GACAGCUCCGUCACAAGCACAUCAGAUCGUCAGAGAAAGCGCACUACGCUGAAAUCAAGGACGUCCGGCGAUUCUCCUUCUGUUUGCAACUCUCUCGAUCGAGACAAAUUGUCUUCGUCAUCUAGUUGUGAUAGACUGUCCCAUAGUGGAGUAAAUAGUCCUGAUUCUCCUGGGACAGAAUCUUCUAGCUCAGCGCCUUCAAAAUUGAUUGAAAAUCCGCCAGAUCUGCCAAGUAUAUAUCCACGAAAGGGUUUAAUGGAAAUUUUGCAGGAAGAAUCUGCCUCAUUGGUCUCAAGAACACGUCGUAUAUGUGGGAACCCCUCUAAACCCGUACCUUCACACCCUUUAUGUCGCAGUUCUAUCAGCUCUUUAAGCGUCUCCCAUUCUCAGUCGUACCCCUCGAGUCCGUCAUCCCCCAGCCUUGGUGAUAGGAAAGAGUCGAUUAGCAUCUCUCAGAGUGUUCAUUCCAUCAGAAAACAAGUACCUGUAACAACUAUGCAGCCAGCUAGUGCUGAACUGUCUCAAGUUCGCUCAAAUAAACAGUCACCUGCUGAAGUACAGAUUCAUUCUCGUCUGAGAUCCCAAUUCGAAACUUAUUUGCCUCACUCCUCGUCUUUCAGACACCAGCACGUAGUUCGCCAAACACCAACUUCAACAGUUCCUAUCAAAGGAGUCGAAACAGUCAGCUUGAUUUCAAAUGAUGGUCCUGAUACUGAUGUUGAAAUGCCUCAUGGUUUCAGUGCCGGCGACGAAUCUGUUGCUGCAGUUUAUCAUCUUGAGCAGGAUAGUCGGACACAAUUUGGAAGGUCGCAGCAAAUAAGGUCCAACCGACCUUCAAGAAACGGUUCAAAAGCUUCUCUACCUAGUUACCUUCGUGCCGCCCAAAAUGAAAAGCAAUGGAAUGCCUCUAAUUUUGUUGCCGCUUCUGGUAACUGGUCUAAAAAUUCACAUCUGCAAGUGACGCAACCAAAUUAUUACAAUGCCCUCUUUGAUGCUGAUUCGCUGCGCCCCCACAAGAGCGAACAACGCCCAUUCAACUCGGAUUUUGGGGUGUAUGGUAAAGCAUUGAGAAAUCCUUCUGAAAAAUCUGUUAAUCAACAGCAUGGCGUUAUCGGAAGGUCAGCCAACGAAGACUCCGAGCGUUUACACCGAGAGAUAUUGCACAGUGAUACUGUGAUAAAUUCGCUUACACAGUGUGGUUGUGUUGAAAUGGAUGAUUUGCGUUGCAAAAAUUCAAUACUCUGUACGGUCCACACAAUGGAAGAAAAGCGUCGUGUUCCUCGUCCGCGUGACUUGAAGUCGUUGAUCCGCGAGGCUCGCCAACAACAACAGCAUUUGUUGAGGCUUCACGAAAGUCCUAUACCCACAAAAGUGCGACGGAUUUCAUCUACAGCAGUUUCGUCAAAGAGCACUCCACCAGUUCCUCUGUUGACCUCAUCCUCCGCCCCCCGCACUGCCACACCUCCAGUUGUAACCUCUGCGCAUCGGUUGGCAGCCUUUCCCGCCUCGACUACUGCGCGUCGUAUCUCCGUCAACGGUGUUAUAACCACUGUUGACGGCCAGCCCUCAGCAACAAUUCAGCAGCCGACAAUUCUCCAUCGGCGUGUGCAUCACCCCUCGAGUUUACUGAGGCGGAACCAGCAGAUGUGGGUAGGUGGCGUCGGCCAGGAAAAGACAUCUACCAGUUUCAUCUCAACGACCGCAGCCUCCCCUGGAUACUACGCUUCUCCUUCUCCCACAGCGCUAUCGAAGUUAGCUCAGGAGCCUGCGAAACUCUCCGAUAGCAGAGAGGUCCAGAGCCGUGUCGUGGUUAACGAUGACAGAGAAAAGUCCAUUACGGGUAGAUCGCGAAAGUCCUCCCGUAGUGGCUUGCGGCAACCCCCAUCCUCGUUACACAACGCGUACAUUCAGCAUAUUACUCCUUCACCAACCCACACCAAUUCCACUGCCCUUCUCCUACGGGCAUCCGCAGCCAAUCAGAUCGCUGCCAAAUUGCGAGGUGCCGCUGCAAGAGACUCUGCCACCACUGCUGCAUCCUGGAUCGGUUACGGUCGAGGGGGCACCUCAGACGUCCAACUUGCGGUUUCCGCAUCCUCCUCCACCUCCUCGACAGCUUCAAGACAUUCCAAUCCUUCUGCCACUGCUAUCGCAGCCAAGGCAGCCAAUACGCAUGCUUUCGGUUCCAAUCGAUACAUCCUUAUCGGAACCAAGCCCCUAAGAAAGGUCAGCUCAAUCAAAUGGUGGUUGUUCAAUGUGGGUUAG